AGAGGAAGAAAACAAAUUAUUAAAGCGUCAGAAUUUUACAUUAAAAGAAACUUCAAGCACAUUAGCCAAGGAAAAUGCAGCACUGAAGUCACGUCUAAGUGAAUCUCCACUGGCCACUGUCAAAACAGAAUCUGAUACCAGGUCUGCAGCACCUGCUGUUCCUCUGCAGAAGGAGCAGGUACAGAUUCUGUCUCGAUGGAUGGUUCAGUAUUUCACUUUGGUGAUAACUCUCAGCCUGAUGAUUUCCUCUGCCUGCUGCAAGAAUUUUCAGAAGACCAGCAAUGCACGAAAACGCAAACAACCACACCCAUCACGCAGGGUGUCAGUGGAACAGAUUGCAGCAACAGAACCAACAACAGAAGCCCCACAUCUAGAAUGGUGGGGCUCUCAUCAGCGGAGUUGGAAUCCCUCAACGAACUAAUACAAAUAGAUCAUGUUUAUGUAAAACCUCAGCCCUUGAAAUCAUUAAUAGGGAAAGAGGCGCAGCACAAAUCUACGACUGCUGUAAUCAAACAAGAUGUCAGUGAGAGCGCUGCCACCCAACACAGUAAACAGUAUAUUGUUUUGUCGGGUUUAAAAAGAAACCACGAAGGGGCUACUGUCAAUGUCAAAUCUCCUGUGGUUCAGUUGAGUCCAGUCCCAACAUUAGACCUUAUUAAUCCAGACAAUAGUGACACUCCUGAGUUACCAGUUUUAACAUCUCUGCAGUCACAACUAGAGUUGCAAGAUGACUCUGAUGACAUUAUAAGCACACUUUCAGAUUCAGACAUGGAGACCUCCUUAAAUUAUUUUCAAAACUUUGAUUUAGACAUGGCGGAGGCUAAUAGACAAGUGAAUAUGUCUAGUCAAGACAAUAACUAUUCUUUUCUUCUAAGUGACAGUCUUAAACAAACAGAGGAACUUAAUUCCACAAAACUAUUUGAUGAAAUUUAUGAACAUUACUUGAGUAUAAGAGAAUCCUCUGUUGCCUCCCCUAACUCAACAGCAUUUAGUGACUCAGGUAUUAGCAGUGACACAGAACCAAUGUCCCCACAUAGCCUUGAUGGGGAAGCAUUUCAUGACACUCUCUUGUGGCAGGAUACAAGUUUCACAGAUUUAUUUCCUGAUCUUCAGUAGGGGCAAUUUUUGUCAAGUUGUGUAUUAUUGUUGUUACUUGUACUAAGUUCACAGUUCAUAAAACAACAUAGGAUAUAAUGGUUCUAUUAAUCUAUUCAUAUAGGUUGUCUAAAUAUGUAACUAUCAUUGUCUUAUUUUUAAAGUUUAGUAGGCUGUGAAUGAUUAAAAAAAAUGCAUUGAAAAGUUAUUUUUAAGAGUAAAAUUUUUGAGUGCAUUGUAUUAAUUUUAUUAUUGUGAUAUAUAAAUGUUUCAAACCAAAAAUGAAUGUGUUUAUUCAUGGUUGUCAUUUGUCUACCAUAUUGUCUUGUCACUACAUUAUGGCAGUGUAAAUAAUGCUAUUCUCUUUCCCUCUUAAUGUGCUUAAGACACACCAAAAAAAAAAAAAUUAAAAGGGCAGAAAAUG